GAAGACCGAGCCACGUGGAAGUCCAACUACUUCCUCAAGAUCAUCCAACUCUUGGAUGAUUAUCCGAAAUGCUUUGUUGUGGGAGCAGACAAUGUUGGCUCCAAGCAGAUGCAGCAAAUCCGCAUGUCCCUGCGCGGAAAGGCUGUGGUCCUCAUGGGGAAGAACACGAUGAUGCGCAAGGCCAUCCGAGGGCAUCUGGAAAACAACCCCGCGUUGGAGAAGCUGCUGCCUCAUAUCCGAGGGAAUGUGGGCUUCGUGUUCACCAAGGAGGAUCUGACAGAAAUCAGAGACAUGCUGUUAGCGAACAAGGUACCAGCUGCUGCUCGGGCGGGGGCCAUCGCUCCCUGCGAUGUUAUCGUGCCAGCUCAGAACACUGGGCUGGGCCCCGAGAAGACCUCCUUUUUCCAGGCUUUGGGUAUCACCACCAAAAUCUCCAGAGGCACCAUUGAAAUUCUGAGUGAUGUGCAGUUGAUCAAGACUGGCGAUAAAGUGGGUGCCAGCGAAGCCACCUUGCUGAACAUGCUGAACAUCUCGCCCUUCUCCUUUGGGCUCAUCAUCCAGCAGGUGUUUGACAACGGAAGCAUUUACAACCCGGAGGUUUUGGACAUUACAGAGGAAACUCUGCAUGGACGCUUCCUGGAGGGGGUCCGUAACGUAGCCAGCGUUUGCCUCCAGAUCGGCUACCCAACGGUUGCCUCUGUGCCCCACUCCAUCAUCAAUGGGUACAAGCGAGUCCUGGCUGUGGCGGUGGAGACCGACUACUCUUUCCCAUUGGCUGAGAAGGUGAAGGCCUUCCUGGCUGAUCCGUCAGCGUUUCUGGCUGCCGCCCCAGCAGCAAGCACAGAAGCUGCUCCUGCUGCAGCCGCCCCGGCCAAAGAGGAGGCGAAGGAAGAAUCCGAGGAGUCUGAUGAAGACAUGGGUUUCGGGCUCUUUGACUGA